CUAACAUCCACUUGGACUUCACCUCUCUGCUGCUCCAAAUUCCAGCAAAUCCAAAAACUUGCCACUGCAGGCAGCCCCAGACCCAGGCACUCAGAAAAUCCCCAAAUUCCGAAGACAAACAAAUUCCAAAACUAAGAAGAAGCAGCAGCAGGAGCAGCCAAACAGCAACAGCAACAUAAUUUCGGAAAGAAAAAGAGAGAAGAAAAAAAAAAAAGCAAAGAUAAGAACUAAGAAGAAGAAGAAAAAAAAAAACUCCAUGUGCUCUCUUCCCCAAUUUCUCCUUCUUCCUUAGUAUCCUAAUCUCCUGCUUAAUCUUUCUCACCUAGUCUUGUACCAUCAUUCCGCCAUUCGUUUCCUCUCUCUUUCUCUCUCUUCUUUGAUUCAACCUUCUAUCUCUACUUCUUGGGAGGGCUUUCUUCACGGAGAUGGAUGGAAUGUACGGUCUGCACUCUUCGACGUCGGAGUACGCGGACAAGUCCCUGAUGUCGCCGGAGAAUCUCAUCCUUCCUUCUGACUACCAGAGCUUCCUCGCCUCCACCGACAACUUUCGCGAUCGCAGCCACCACCACCACCACGGCAACUCCAGCGGCGUCCCAAUCUUCGGAUCCGACGAGUUUCUCUCCGCCGCCUCGGAGUCCGCCUCCAUUACUCCCGAGAUUCACCCCAGGGAGGAAGAAUUCUCUGCGCUCAUCAAAGCCAAAAUCGCCUCCCAUCCUUCUUACCCCCGCUUGCUCGACGCCUAUAUUGAUUGCCAGAAGGUAGGAGCACCUCCGGAGAUAUCGAGCUUGUUGGACGAAAUCCGUCAAGAGAAUGAUAUUUAUUGCCGAAGAGAAGCCGCAGCGUGCUUGGGAGCUGAUCCCGAGCUGGACGAGUUCAUGGAAACAUACUGCGAUGUAUUGGUCAAAUACAAAUCGGAUCUGGAGCGGCCGUUUGAUGAGGCGACCACUUUCUUGAACAAUAUCGAAAUUCAGCUUCGCAAUCUAUGCACAGGCGCCUCAAUCAGAAGAAGCGUAUCUGCAGACGAAGGUGCUGUAUCAUCCGAGGAGGAGUUAACUGGAGGAGAGACGGAGGAGGCACAUGACGGUCAACCAAGCAGCGAAGACCGCGAUCUGAAGGAUAGACUUCUUCGUAGGUUUGGGAGCCACAUUAGUUCACUUAAGCUCGAAUUCUCAAAGAAGAAGAAGAAAGGGAAGCUACCAAAGGAAGCAAGGCAGACCUUGCUUGAGUGGUGGAAUGUUCACUACAAAUGGCCGUAUCCCACUGAAGCUGAUAAGAUAGCGUUGGCAGAAUCGACAGGGCUGGAUCAGAAGCAGAUCAACAACUGGUUCAUAAAUCAACGGAAGCGUCACUGGAAGCCAUCUGAGAACAUGCAGUUCGGAAUCAUGGAUGGUAUGUCUGGACAAUUCUAUGCAGAUGAUUGAAGGUGUCGUGUAAAUCCUCUUUACCUUUGAAGAACCCCACUUAUAUAUUUUUGUUAGUGCCUAAGAACUACCCCACUUCAGUAUUGGAGGGGAAAGGAAGGGAAUAGGGUCUUUCUUUUGCUACCCGAAAAGGGGUAAUUUAUUUAAGAACCUGUAUUCUAGGUCGAUCUAAGGCCCGCAGCUUGACCGGACAUUCGGGAAUGAAAAUUGCUUACAUAGUUUGGAAGAUAUAUUUCAUGAGCACUUCUACUAUGCUAUAUAGUAUUGGUGUUUUAAUGUACAACUUAAAGUUGUACCAUAACAUUAAAUGUCUAAGUUUAGUUUGUACCAUAAAGCAAUUUGUAUCAUUAUGUUAUGGUACAACUUUACAACUUGAAGUUGUACCAUCACAUAAAGGUAGAAGUCCAUCAUAUAUGGUGCUGGACAUUAUUCUAUUCUUCUUUCUUCCUUUUUUGUGAAUGAAUGAAUGUGAGUAUGCUAUGGUGGACUUCAAGAGCCAGAUCUUGUACUCCGAAUGGAUUGAAAAUUGAAAGUUGUUCGAACAGAUAUGAAGAAAAUGCAAAGAUUGUUCCAAAAUCCAUUUCCAAGUUGAAGAAAGUGGCUCUUAUGUAGUCCGCCCCUUAUUUACCUGCAGCCCCGGUUGUAGGGGUUCCUGCAACCUGCCAGGUGUGAGCCUUUGAUUGGCUAUUUUUUUUAAUUGAUUCCACAUUUAAAAGCUACCCCAAAUUCCAACAUAACAGUAACUAACGGUGUGUUUGUUCAAAGAAAGAGAGAGUUUUAUCACCUUCUCUCCUUUCUCUCUCGUGCAAAUCAAAGGAGUUUUUUUCUAAACAAAAAAAUUAUUUGCACACUGCAACUUUAUUGUUUUUUAUUUAAUGCUAACUCCUAUGACUAUAACUAAGCGAAUUUAAGCUUCAUUUUAUCAACUAAAACAUGGCCAAUACUACGGUGCCGCUAUUAAAAGUACGACAUCGGUGAUGCCAUUUGUGAUUGGUCCAUAUGUACAUUACGUGGCACUGAUUGUUUUAGCUAAUAAGCCCAAACCCAAUAAACCAUUUGACCAGCCCAAACUUGCAGCUAUCCAAGGUGACAGAGAACCUUUAUGCCGUCUUCACUCUUCCAUUUCCCGACCUUAGGCGUUUUUAUUUUUUUAUUUUCAUUAAUUCAGUUAAAAUUCAUUUAACCUAUAAAUUCAAUUUUUUUCUCUCUGAGAACCGAACACAAAUUGCAACUGAAAAGUCAAAGUCAUCCUCAUUCUUGUGCUCCGUCUGAAUAAAUAACAAAUUGCUCCGGCGAACCUCACCUUCACCGAUCCAAUCUAGAGUCUGUACCAUACGCGUGCAUUAAACUCCUUCACCGUGUUCCUCCUCCUAAAUUCAUUCUGCAAAACAAAAUGAUGAAUCACUGAUUCCGAGCGCCUCUCUGUCUCGGUCGAGCUGCUCUGCCGCCAUCGUACAAGACGCUCUGAUCCCUCCCACUGCGUCGCCCCCCUCGGGCUGGGCGCCCGAUCCCACUGUCGGAAUCGUUGAAGCUGAAUCCAACGUAUAGAAUGGACUCUACUACGACAAUUAGCAUUGCGAGGAACUGUCGUACAACCAUAGACAUUGGAUCCUUACUAGGCAGUUUGAUGUUCUUUUGAAUCAGGAAUGGGAGGUUAGGAUUGAACAUGUGUUUAGGGAAGCUAAUUUUGUUGCUGACUUCUUAGUUAGUAGGGGUCGCCUUGUUAAUUUUGGCACACACCACUUCAAUGUGUGCGACCCGAAUCUUGGACAAUGGUUGUUACAUGACAUCAUGGGCAUUGCUCAUGAUCAAUCGAUUCUUAAUACGAAUUAGACACUAAAGCGUCACUCUUUCUACAAAAAGAAAAAAAAAGAGAAUGGAGCUAACUAAAGAGUGUUAAUGUUGUGGUUCUAGGACCCUUCAAAAGAGAGCAUGCCCAAACUAAAACAAGGUUUGGUUAUGAUUCUCUGGUUUGCCUAAUUACAAUUGUUUCAAAUUAGUUGCAGUAGCAGACCUCAAUCAAACCCACCACAUUGUUUGACAUGAAAGGAAGAAACAGAUAGGUUCAAAUGCAUGUAUGAUCGUAUUCUUUGCUGAAGAUGAACUCUUAUCAUUCCUAUUUUAUUUUUGUGCAUACAGAUGGUUCUCAUGGUGUCUGAUUCUGAAUACUACAGUAGCUCGAAUCUGGCUGAUUAUAUAGCUCUUACCUUUGUCAUUACGACCAACUUUAUUCUUACCUUUCCUUCUUGUUUCCUUAAACUUCAUCUUUGAAUCUUACAAGGCGAAGCAGAUCGCCGUGAUCGGUUGGGAUAUUAUUGUUAUGUUGAAGAAUAUUGGGAAAUACAAUGUUAAAAAAUGGCUUCAUAGUUCAAUCUUAAACAGAAUAGUAUCUGGCUCAUUGUCUUAACUCUCAACAAACACUUAUACUUGAACAAGGUUCUUCCAAAAUCAUACAGACCAAGCUGAAAGCUCCCUAGUUCUAGAUCAUUCCAUUCAUCAUAACAAGACGAGAUGUUUUUUUUUCUUGGUUAUGUUGACCAUAGACAUGAGUUAUUUACUCACUUGGGAAGGGGUGCAGAAAAUAAUUACAGUUUCCAUAAGGAUUUUAAGCGAAACUACAAUCUGGAGAGCUAAAAAGCACUUGUUGAGCUCUAACCUCUAAGACGUUUAUGAUAUGGAUUAAGCAUCUUCUCUGCUAGAUCCUAUUCAUCAUCCAAAACUUCAGGCCAAGGAAAUCUCUUGACAUCUUUGACAGAAGAUAUGAUUGCCUGUGCUACGCCAUACUACGUUUCUGCAUGAACAAGCAAUGUCCUACCUGCCAGUUGUCGGACUAAAGUUGUUUGCUCAACUGCUUCUUCUGCUUGGUUUUUUUCUGGGGAAACCCGACUGCAAACAUUGUAGUGCCAGAAUAUUUCUUCACUGCCUUCAUCAGCAAAGUAGACAUUCACCACUCCAAGUAUAUGCAAGAACGGAAAUAGUUGGGAAAACUUCAACUUGCCGUUUAGAGGCCCUCCAUCAAGUCUUUGUUUUUUAUGAAAGCUUAUUGAAUACUAAAUUUAAGAACUAUCAUGUACAAAAUAAUUUGAUAUGCUAUGCAAAGGUAGACCAGAUGUAAAAAUAAACCUGCAGUGCAUGACUCUUAAUGAAUACCACGAGCCAAAUAUUUGUCCUACAACUAGCUACAAAUUUCAGUAGCUUCAGUUGAGUUGAUUGUUCAAGAACCGUGAAAGCAAAAAACCAAUAGCUUCUCACCUGCUCUCGACCCCUGACCCUGAAAUCUUAGAAUCUCCAAUGCUAGAGCUAGCAGAUUCACAAACGACAUCAAUAGAAAGUCGGUAAAAUUGCCAAUUUCAAUUCAACCUACAACCACAAACCAACCAAUGCUGUUGUAGCAGUAGUAGAUUCACAAACGACCAACAACAGAACUUCAGUAAACUUGUUUAACCUAGAAACCAAAAUCAACGCUUGGUUGAAAAUCAUUACGGGAGAAAAAAGUGAAGAUAGAUAAUCGAAUCGUCGUUACCUCGAUGGAGAAAUCGGGGAGCACAAGCUGAGGAUAGCCGGAGUGGCACCGAGACGGACUUUCUGAAACUUCCCCUCGGCCACCUUCCCAAUUUCGAGUCCCCUCGACCCUAAAUAUAUAUUAGUAAACCGGGUCCGGAUCG